AUGGACAAGAGAAGUUUCAAAGUGAUAGUUGUCGGUGGUUCAAUCGCUGGCCUGACUUUGGCGCACAGCCUCGACCUGGCCGGUAUUGACUAUAUCGUACUCGAGAAACACUCGGAUCCCCUUGCUACCGUUGGCGGAUCAGUCGGUCUGCUGCCAAACGGAUGGCGUAUCCUGCAUCAGCUGGGGCUUCGCCAUCAGCUAGAGCAAGAGGCAUGCCCAGUCAAGGUCGCCCAUAUGACGUACCCAGAUGGAUUCGUCUUUAGUGACAAUUUCCCAGCGGCAAUCCAGGAAAGGCAAGUUCCUGAAAUCCAGUUUCCUAUCGGUUAUAUGCCAGCUAACGAUGAAAGAUUUGGGUAUUCCCUUUCCGUCCUCACUCGCCAGCAGCUCAUUGAGGUGCUCUACCUCGGCCUACGUGACAAAAGCAAGAUCAAGGUUGGACAGAGAGUAAUAAAGAUCCAGCACCAUCAGAACCGCAGGGGCGUAUCUGUCUUUACCGAGUCCGGACAGGAACAUGUGGGGGACUUGGUUGCUGGUGCAGACGGAGUACACAGCAUAACGCGAUCACAGAUGUGGCUCCAACUUGGUCAAAAACUUGAUGCGGAGAAGGAAAGACGCCAAUUAGUCGCCGAGUACAGUUGCGUCUUCGGUAUCUCUUCCCCGUUGAAAGGGAUACCCCCAGGAGAGCAGCUGAUCGCAUGCCAUGACAACGCUACUGUACUUGCCUUUCCCGGCAAAGACGCACACAUUGGAUGGGGGCUCAUCCAGAAGCUGAACAGGCCAUGCAACUCUCCGGCAACAACUCAAUCCUCGGACGGCGAAACAGCCCUUAUUAUGGCCAAGAGCGCCGCCGGCCUUGGCCUAUGCAAAGAUCUGAAAUUCCAUGACCUGUGGGUAAAUACACCGAAGUACUCCUUCACAAUACUGGAAGAAGGCCUGUUCCAGAUUUGGCACCAUGGACGAAUCAUGACCCCCAACAUGGCGCAGGGAGCAAAUACUGCGAUCGAGGGUGCUGCUGCGCUAGCAAACACGUUGCGCAGGAUCAGUCAGAUUGACAAACCAUCCGAGGAUGACAUCAACCGGCUAUUACAGGGGUACACCGUGCGCCAGCAGAAGCGUUUGCGGGCAGUGCACGCUAUAUCUCGGUCUGUCACCCGUGUCCACGCCCGACAAGGGCGGAUCAAAAAGAUAAUAGGGCGAUAUGUGUAUCCAUACACGCCGGGCGCGGCCCUGCACACCUUCAGCCGUAUUAUUGCUCCUGCUCCAUGCUUGGAUUAUGUUCCGAUGCCGUUUCCGGGACCCGGUUGGACACGGGCUUUAGUGUCCGGAUGGUCUCCUAUCUCAGGAGUUCUGUUACUGGUGAUACCAAUAAUUGCUCUAGUGUAUGGUUACAGUGUUAUAAAUUUCGGCCGAGACAGCAUUAAUAACUAG